AUGAACGAAGCAGCCAGUAUCUCGGUGUUGCCGGAAGGUUGCUUAUCGGAGAUAUUAUCACUAACUUCACCUAGGGAUGUGUGCAGAGCUGCCUCCAUCUCCAAAGGAUUCAAUAUAGCAGCAGAUUCCGACCCUGUUUGGGAGCGGUUUCUGCCACCUGAUUACCGUGAAAUCAUUGGGAGAGCGGUUUCACCGGUGGUCGUUUUUGGCUCUAAAAAGCAACUCUACUUCUUCUUAUCGGAUUCACAUAUCAUCCUCCAUCGUGGCUAUUUGAAGAAGGCGGUCGACCAGCGGUACCAUGCCCAAGCGCUUAUACAGGGUUUCCGGUGGAACCCAUUAACGCGAUGGUUAAGGAGACUUUGA